AUGGCGAAUCCCAGGGACAGAAUCUCAGUGUUGCCAACAAACUUGAUCUCCCACAUCAUCUCUCUCUUGCCCUUCAAAGAAGCAGCAAGAACCUCCAUUCUCUCCAAGCGCUGGCUUCACAUAUGGCGCUCGGUCAAGAACAUUGAGUUUUUGGAGAGUUUCUUUGUGAAAGUUGAUGAUCCUGAAGAGACCAAGGAGGCUCGGAGAAGGGAGUUUCUCGAUUUUAUGAAUCAAUGGAUUGGAAACUACAAAGACCCUGAUGUGAAUUCGUUAAGUCUCAUGUUCUCCAAGCCUGGAAGCUUUGCUGUGGAGGUUGAAAACUGUACUAAAUUCGCGGUUUCUCGAGAUGUAAAGAAACUUGAACUUGAUUUUCACAACCCCACGUGGAGAGAAGACGAUUUCGAAGAUCAUGAAGCAGUGUUUGAUUUGCCUAUGUGUGUGUAUAGCCACAGGGGUCUUGAAUCUUUGAAGCUGUUUUCUUGCAAUUUUGUGUUGGAACAGUUUGAUAAUUUCAGUGCAUUGAAGGAACUUUCUUUGGGUUGGAUGGAAUUGAGUUUCGAGUCAAUCUGUUUCCUGUUGGAACAUUGUCCAUUGCUGGAGAGUUUGAGCUUGAAGAAAUGUUGGAAUAUUGAUCAUCUUGAAAUUACUGUGCCCAAUUUAAGGCUUCAAAAAUUGGUUCUUGAUAAGUGCAGUUUUGUGGCCUCUAUGUUUCUGAUUGAGGCACCAAAUUUAAGGAUCUUCAAGUAUAGUGGGACACUGGGUCAUUUUCACUUUGAGAGACAAAGAUCCAUGGUUGAAGCAGAACUAGACUUCUCACUCGAAAUGGAAUAUGAAGAAAUUGGUCAAAUUCUAUAUGAACUCUUGGAACAACUUUUCCCUGUUAAAGUUUUGACAGUUUGCAGUUACUUGCUUCAGAUUGUUCCUCAUGGGGAUGAGCCACUGGGAUUGUUAUCUCAUCUGAAUGUUGAGCAUCUCAUUCUGAACACUGCCAUGCACUCGAAUGAAUUCUGCGGAAUAAAGUUCAUGCUUAAGAGUUGUCGGCGGUUAGAGACUCUUACAAUCAACAUUGUCCCCAGCAGAAUUUUCCCAGAUUAUACUCCUCCCUACGAGUUCAACCCUCAAGAAUGCUGGACCAGGAAUUUGAUACUUUACAGGUGCAUUAAAGCAAGGCUCAAAGUUGUUGAGGUGAAAGGAUUCAAGGGAACAGUGAAUGAAUUACAGUUUCUGCAAUAUCUGGUGGGCUUCGGACCCGUUUUGCAGCAACUCAAUCUCUACCUUUCAGAGGAAGUUGACGAAAAUGGUGGCAACAAGGAACUCUAUCUGCAGAGAGCUCAGAUGGUGCAGCAGUUCAAAAAAGCCUCGAAGUACUUGCAGAUUGCAAUUUACUAG